UGUUAAUGUGUCAAGAAGUUCCAUGUUUCCAGAAACUUCAUCUGAGGAGUCACUCUUCCAAACCAGCAGCAGCAGAGUUCUGGCUGCGUCUCCAGCCCCGGUUCUGGUUUCAGGACAUCCUGCAAAGUCGUGUUCUGCCCCGAUUCCCACAGACCACCACCGGAGCUCGCUUCACAAAAAACAACAGAAGAAACCUGUUUAUAGUGUCGUUGGUCAUCUUUCUGGCAACAUCUGUCUCUACGGCUCCUGUGGAGGAGAAGGAGCAGGAGGAGGUGGAGGCCCCAGAGCAGGGGGAGGGGGAACUGUCUGAGGAGGAGGAUGAUGAUGACUCCAAGAGUCAGGAUAAAUUUGAGGGGUUUGUUGGCAUGCUGCCGCAGGUCUCAGUUGCGUCUGUGUCCGGAGGUUCAGUUUCCAGCGUUCAGUCAACAGGAAGUGAUGGAGCAGCAGGAAGUUCUGCAGGUUCUGCAGUUUUAACAGGAUCCUCAGGUUUUGCUGCUUCUCCUGGAUCUCCAGAAUCUCAAGGUUCUCGAGAAUCUCUGGGUUUUCCAGGAUCUGCUGGUUCUCCAGGUUUUCCAGGAUCUGCAGGUUCUCCAAGUUUUCCAGGUUUUCCAGGAUCUGCAGGUUCUCCGGGUUUUCCAGGAUCUGCAGGUUCUCCAGGAUCUGCAGGUUUUCCAGGUUCUCCGGGAUCUGCAGGUUCUCCAAGUUUUCUAGGUUCUGCAUCGGCAGCAGAACAUCCUGGUGACUCUGGAAUUCAAACUCAAGCUGCAGGGUCUGGCGGCGUUGACUCUGAGUCCAAUGGUAAUGGACAGAAGCUUCUGAAUGGAGGAGGAGGGGGUGGGGCUGGCAGUCAGACAGGUGUGUCGGGCUCAUUUGAAGCUGGGUUUUCUCACCUGGAUUAUACAGGAACCACUGAACUGUCCAGUCACGACUUCCUGUUUGGCCUCAUGAGUGGAAGAGAUCCGUUGAGUCCAGAUGUUCACGUCAACAUUCCAGGUCACAUGGACCCGCCCUCUCAGCUGGACUCAGUGAUCAGUUCAGGUGGAUCAGCAGCAUCCUCUGUGGAUCUGCACAGUCUGGACUUACCUGCAGGUCACAUCCAUCAAUCUGGCAUCGGCCAAACGGGACUAGACCACACCUCUCUGGGAUCAGGACCUGGCCAAUCCCUGUCCAGCUCUGGCUCCUCCCACUCUGGAGCACUGGAGGCUGCAGCGUCGCCAUGGCACGCCGACGCUGACAGAGAACAGACAGGAAACGGUCGACAGACUCACCUGUCGGACACAAACGCAGCGACCGACCUUCCGCUCUCCCUCGCUGACCUGCGGACUGACCUCACAGGUCUUGGUCUGGGACAUGACGUCACAGGUGUUAACUUCCACACAGACCUGGUUACCGCAGUGACCGACCUGACAGCAACAGAUACAGUUUCAGCAGAUCCAACAGGAAGUUCACUGGACUCCAGUCAUUCACCUGUGAUGGAUCACACACAGGCGGCUGGUUCAGUCACUGAACAGUACAACACACCUGGUCAGGGUCCUGAAGGUGCAGAAAAUGUGGAACUGGAGGAUACCUGCUGACUUCCACAUCAAACCGCGAGUUAGAUUCCUGCGCUACAGAUUCCAGUGUACCAACCAAUCAGCAUGGCCCAGGAAA